CCGUUAAGUUGCCCCGAAGCCCCAGAGAGAGAUCCACACCAUCCAUCCAGCUCCAACGCGGUGUGCAGGCAAUCGUGGGUGGAAUUAGCGUGCAAGAAACUGCCUGAUAAGUCUAUUGUGCUUUUGCGUUUGUUGUGCUAUCGUUCGCUGUGCUUUCGCCUGUCUGUCCGGCGCUAUAUUCCAUUUAUGGCGCCAUGGCGAUGUCAACUGAUCUGAAACAAAGGGGAAAUAUCAACGGAAAUGUGUCGAUCAUUUUGCUGUUAACUGCCGGAUUAGCCAUUACUCUAGCGAAUAGUCAAGAUGCGAGAUCCUCCGGUAAACCGCACAUCAUCAUCAUAAUGGCUGAUGAUUUGGGCUUCGACGAUGUGAGCUUUCGGGGCUCCAAUAACUUUCUCACGCCCAAUAUCGAUGCCUUGGCAUAUAGCGGCGUGAUUCUCAACAAUCUGUACACCGCCUCCAUGUGCACUCCGAGCCGGUCUGCUCUCCUCACUGGAAAAUAUCCCAUUAACACAGGCAUGCAGCACUAUGUGAUCGUGAAUGAUCAGCCCUGGGGUCUGCCACAGAACGAGAAGACAAUGGCGGAGAUCUUCCGGGAGAACGGCUACUACACCAGUCUCCUGGGCAAGUGGCAUCUGGGGAUGUCGCAGCGCAACUUUACGCCCACACAGCGGGGCUUCGAUCAUCAUCUGGGCUACUUGGGAGCCUAUGUGGACUACUACGAUCAGACCUACCAGCAAAAUGGAAAGAACUACGCGAGAGGACAUGACUUCCGCCGGAAUCUAAACGUCACCCACGACCAGGUGGGCCACUACGUGACCGACGUGCUCAGCGACGCAGCCGUCCAGCUGAUCGAGCAGCACAGCACCAGCAACAGCAGCCAGCCGCUCUUCCUGCUCCUCAGCCACUUGGCUCCGCAUGCGGCCAACGACGACGAUCCCAUGCAGGCCCCCGCCGAGGAACUGGCCAAGUUCGAGUACAUCCGAAACGUGACCCAUCGCUACUACGCUGCCAUGGUCUCACGGCUGGACAGGAGUGUGGGGCGAGUCAUCGAUGCCCUGGCCCGCCAGCAGAUGCUGCAGGACAGCAUUGUGCUCUUCCUGUCGGAUAACGGCGGACCCACAAUGGGGGACCAUUCGACGACGGCCUCUAACUAUCCCUUGAGAGGCCAAAAGAACUCUCCCUGGGAGGGAGGUCUGCGCUCCUCUGCGGCCAUCUGGAGCACCGAGUUCGAGCGGCUGGGCACCGUGUGGAAGCAGCAGACCUACAUUGGCGACCUUCUGCCGACACUCGCCGCUGCAGCGGGCAUAACGCCAGAUCCAGACCUGCACUUGGACGGAAUGAAUCUCUGGCCAGCCCUCAAGUACGGCUACGAGUCGUUGGAGCGAGAGAUCGUCCACAGCAUCGACACGGAUCCGGCAGCACCCUAUCUGGCCUACACCCGCGGCAAGUGGAAGGUGGUGAACGGCACCACCAGCGCGGCCCUCUUCGACGGCUGGCUGGGCGAGCGGAUAACUCAAGAAGUGGAUCCCCGAUCCGCCAACUACGAGGCGCUGAUCCGCAACACCAGCGUCUGGCAGCACCUCCAACUGCUGAUGGGGAGUCAGAGUGAGCGCAACAUCAGCAGUAUACGGCAGCAGGCCCAGAUCGAGUGCCCGAAGCCCCCGGCCGCAACCAAGCCAUGUCUGCCGCUGCUGGCCCCCUGUCUCUUCGACAUCGAUGCGGAUCCCUGCGAGCGGAAUAACCUGUACGAAGAGUACCGCAACACGACCAUCCUUCUAGACUUGCUGCAACGCAUCGAGCAGUUUGCAAGGCAAGCGCAUGCUCCGAACAACAAGCCCGAUGAUCCGCAGUGCGAUCCACGCUUUUAUCACAACGAGUGGACCUGGUGGCAGGACGAACAGGCCUCGGGUGCAGGCAUCAUGUUGAGCGUAAAAUCGUUCUCUUUUCUCAUAGUAUUUGUAUGCAUUUGUUGGUUGUUUUAAAUUGGGUAAGUGUUUUCGGAAUAUUUACAUGGGAUAUGCCAACUAUUUUCUAUACAUUUCCGCUGACAUCUGGCCCAAAAUACAAUCCGAUAAGAAAUGC